AUGGAUACACAUGAUGGUUCAACAGAAAAAGAGAAGAUUGCUGUGUUUCUGGAAUCUGGCAGAGUUUAUAGAAUCUCAGAAGCUGACCUUUUGCUGAAAUCUCUGAGGAAGCUUGAACACUUUCACUACAUGCUGAAAAUUAAGAAUGAAGCUACUCAGAGAUGGUCUGAUCUGAUGAGGAAGACUAUCCAAGAGAAAAGAAGAUUCUAUGGGAUAAAGUCUGACGAAGAAUACACUACAAAGAUAGCUCAAGAUGAUGGUUCUGAGAUUGAUAUGCAGAAGAAUAGAUCUGUCAUGGAGACUAUAGCUGGAACCAGACUUUUGGGUUACAACAAUGAUGCAGACAGACCUAGGGUCAUUCAGCUGGGAGAUGCUAUGGCCAGAAGCAAGUUAAAUGCUUUGAGAGCAGCUAUCUAUCAGACUGGGGAAGAUAAUGAAGAACUCAAGAAUGUUAAAGCCCAGAUGAUACAGACCUUGAAGCUGAAAGAAGAAAAUCUGAUAAACCAGGAGCACUUUGACAAUGAACAUCUGGACGAAAAUGAUGAGAACUUAACAGAAAACACAAACUCUGAUACCGAUUCAUCAAACUCUGAUAAUUCUACAUCAGAAAAUCAUGAGAAUACAUCUUCAGGGGGAGCAUCACAAACUCAGAAUGCUCAUGAAGACAGCAUGAAUCACGGGGGAGAAGCAUCAGAGAAUCAGAAUGACACUGGAAAUAGCAUGGAUUAUGGGGGAGGAUCAAAUUCCAGAAUCAAGGACAAGGGAAAAUCUCUAGCUGAAGAAACUGAGAAGUUGGACAAUGAAGAGAGCUCAGAAUCAAGCAAAGGAAAAGGAAAAGAAGUGGCUGAUUCUGGAGAAGAAAGUGAUGGGAUUGAUGAGCACUUGGCCUUCUUAUCAAGAAGAUUCUCCAAACUAAAAUUCAAGAAGAACUUCAAUCCUGCAAAAUCUUUUAAAGGCAAUUCCAAGCCUGACAGAAGCAUGGUGGAUAGAUCCAAAUUCAAGUGCUUCAAUUGUGGAAAUGCAGGCCACUUUGCAAAUGAAUGCAGAAAGCCAAAAGCUGAGAAGAGGUCCAAUGAACAUGUAGAUUACAAAAAGAAAUAUUAUGAACUUCUCAAGCAAAAAGAAAGGGCAUUCAUUACAAAGGAUGAUUGGGCAGCUGGGAAUGAUUCUGAUGAAGAAGAAGAGUUUGUCAAUCUUGCUCUCAUGGCCAACUCCACCGAUCAGGAGGAAAACACUGGAAGCAGUAGUCAGAUAUUAACUGCAAACUUAGUAGAGUUAACUAAAGAUGAAUGUAAUGCUACCAUCAAUGAAAUGUCUACUGAAUUAUAUCAUUUGCAUGUCUCUUUAAAGUCUCUUACUAAGGAAAAUAGUAGAAUUAAGGAAGCUAACACCUUUCUCAGUGAUAGAAACAGUGCUCUAGAAACUCAAUUCAUUGAAUUUGAGAAGCUGAAGAUUGAAUGUCAAACAACCAAAGAUGACCUUUUGGCUGUCUUAAAGAGAGAAGAGAUCAUAAGAAAACAGCUGGAUAAGGAACAAGAAAUCAUUGCCAAAUGGAAAUCUGGGAGAGAUGUUUACACUAAUAUCAUUAACAUGCAAGGAAGAGAAACCUUUGUUGAGAAUGAAUGGAAAAGGAACAAGAAAGCUCUUGAGAUCUCUGAGGAUAGCUCAAGUGAUGAGAAUACUGAUGAUGAUCAUCAGUUGAAAACCAAAACUUCAACUGAUGAAAGUCAUCAGUUGAACAAAGACUCAUCAGUUGACAAAAAGGUCCUCAAGAAACUUAAUAAGAAAUAUGGUCCUGUUAAGAGGAACUUUGUUAAAGGUGAGGAGAGUCCUUCUAAGACUAGUGAGAGUGUGAAUAACAUUCCCAAUUGUAGUAACAAGACCAAGAAGAAAUUGGAUGCUAGUGAGACUAAAUCAGAAGAGACUAAAAAGAAAAAAGGGAAUUGA